GCCGGUCGACGUCGCCUUUGGUUGGCGCAGUUCCUUUCCAAUCAUCAUCCCAGGUGGCGGUGCGGCACGGUGUUUUCUCUCAUUUGCGUGGAUAUUUGAUUUCGUUCUAGAGAAUCUGCGACAAAAUGGCUCUAGUCAGAUUGCUAGGUGUGGAGUGCCGCAAUGCGCUGCAACGCAGCUACUGUACCGCUUCAGUCCCGACGACCAAGAUGUUCAUCGAUGGUAAGUUUGUCGACUCGAAGACCACCGACUGGAUUGACCUGCACGAUCCAGCCACCAACGAGGUAGUCACGCGCGUCCCCAAGUGCACCAAGGAUGAAAUGGAAUCAGCAGUGGAAUCCUCCAAGAAGGCUUUCAAGACCUGGAGCCAGACUUCUAUCCUGGGCCGGCAGCAGGUGAUGUUCAAACUGCAGCACUUGAUCCGGAACAACAUGUCUGAUCUGGCCAAGAACAUCACCAAGGAACAGGGCAAGACUCUGGUUGAUGCUGAGGGUGAUGUCCUCCGUGGAUUGCAGGUCGUUGAACACUGCUGCAGCAUUACGUCGCUGCAGAUGGGCGAAACCGUUUCCAAUAUUGCCAAGGACAUGGAUACCUACUCGUACACUCUGCCAUUGGGUGUGACUGCCGGUAUUUGCCCGUUCAAUUUCCCAGCCAUGAUUCCGCUGUGGAUGUUCCCAGUUGCCAUUACCACCGGUAACACCAGCAUCAUCAAGCCUUCGGAGCGUGUUCCCGGAGCUACCAUGAUGUUGAUGGAGAUGCUUAAUGAGGCUGGAUGCCCACCAGGUGUCGUCAACGUCAUUCACGGAGCACAUGAUGCUGUUAACUUUAUCUGUGACCACCCGACAAUCAAGGCUGUAUCGUUUGUCGGAUCCGACCAGGCUGGCAAGUACAUCUACGAACGUGCGGGACGCAACGGUAAGCGUGUCCAAUCGAACAUGGGUGCCAAGAAUCACGGUGUAAUCAUGGCCGAUGCCAACAAGGAGAAUACUCUGAACCAACUUGCUGGAGCUGCCUUCGGUGCCGCUGGUCAGCGUUGCAUGGCUCUGUCGACUGCUGUAUUCGUCGGUGAAGCUAAGCAAUGGAUUCCAGAUCUGGUGGAGCGCGCACGCAAACUGAGGGUCAACGCUGGACACGUUCCCGGAACUGAUGUCGGUCCAGUGAUUUCCCCACAGUCCAAGCAGAGAAUCAACGAUUUGGUUGAAUCCGGCGUCAAGGAAGGUGCUAAGCUCGUUCUGGAUGGACGUGACAUCAAGGUUGAGAACUUCGAAAACGGCAACUUUGUAGGACCAACCAUUCUGACCGAAGUUCAGCCAAACAUGAAGUGCUACACUGAGGAAAUCUUUGGCCCGGUGUUGGUGUGUCUGACGGUUGACACCUUGGACGAAGCUGUUGAACUGAUCAACAACAACCCAUACGGUAACGGAACCGCCAUUUUCACCACCAACGGUGCCACCGCGAGGAAGUUUGUAAACGAAAUCGACGUCGGUCAGGUCGGUGUGAACGUUCCGAUCCCAGUGCCAUUGCCGAUGUUCUCGUUCACUGGAUCUCGAGGCAGCUUUAUGGGCGAUUGCCACUUCUACGGCAAGCAGGGUGUCAAAUUCUACACCCAGACCAAGACUGUGACCCAGCUGUGGCGUGAGGGAGAUGUUUCCCACACCAAGGCUUCCGUGGCGAUGCCAACCAUGAAGUAAGCUCGGGAAAAUAACGUCGCGCGAAUUGCGAAUCGGGUUUGUGUCUUCCAAUCAAAUGAGAACUGCGUGCAUUUACUAGAUUAACGAGAAUUCAUAUUCUGCAUUUACGAUAUCUGAUAUUCAGUUUUAAUAAAACAAUUGUCUCUAUGCUAAAAAUGUUAAA